UUAACUCUUAAACGCAGAAGGCUGAUGCCCAAUGAUAAAUGGUGUCCAACGCACCAAGCAGUCAGCCUAUCACAGUCAGGUUUUAGUCUGAGAUGUGCCACAUUACUGACUAUAAAUGUGAAGCCAAAAUUCCAGAUUAACACAGAUUUUUUUUGUGUAAGAAGUGACACUGAGAGUUGAACAACCAAAAUGGGGAAAUUAACAGAACCAGAGGCUCAGUACAUUCAGAGUACUUGGGGAAGUUUGAAUAAGAAGGCGGUUACUGCACAAGCUCUUGCAAGGGUGUUCGAAGUCUAUCCCUGGACAACCAGGCUGUUUUCAAAGCUCGGUGGGAAAUUUUCUGCUGGUGACGAUGGUGUUCAAGCACAUGCAGAUAAAGUGCUGCAGGCUCUGGAUAAAGCAGUCCAAAACAUAAAUAAAAUGGACAACAUCCUGGGCGAUCUCAGUGAGACGCAUCAGCAAAUUGGAGUGGACACUCAAAACUUCAAGCUUCUGGGCCAGACCUUCAUCGUUGAAUUCGCCCGUGAAUUUAAAGUUGGAUUCACACCUGCGGCACACAAAGCCACAUACAAAUUUUUUAGACAGGUGGCAAAUGGUCUCUCCUGCAGAUACCACUAGUUCUGCAUCUAUAUAUGUCCUCUUGCAUCUCAAAACUCAGCGAAAACAAUCAUCAGCAACCAAGAUAUAUUCUACAUACCAUCAGAUUUCAAUCAUGUUGAAUCAAAGGUGCUGUGAUGCUCCAAUGUUUAUGUUACUUGCUCCUCAUAUUUUGGAAAAUGUUUCUUUUUCUUUUUGACACUCCAAUAAAGGAACAGUAUUAUGCUUGAAA